GGCUUUCCUGAAUUCAAGGAGACGAAAAACUUUGCCUGGGCGGGGUACUGGUGGUUUAAGGGACCCCACAGUACCUCCCUUGCGCCCUGGCGACUUAGCGCACACUUUCUUCGACGUCGAUGCUUUGGCGCAAGGUUUGACGGCCGACCCUUUCGCACACACGGGCCGCAUGAGCGGCAAGAGGCGGGCCCCUGGAAGGGAAUAUUCACCGCCGCCGUUCGUGGUGCUGAGCCCUCGAUGGUCGGGUUCGUCGCUCAGCGGCGUGAGAGGGAGGGAGUCCGGAGCGGGUGAGGUGGGGUCCGGCGUGAGAGGGAGGGAGUCCGGAGCGGGUGAGGUGGGGUACGGCAGACACAGCGAGGGCGACAGAGACAAUGCAGGAUCGAUGCCUCCACCGCCCGCACGGGCUUCAGAGGCUGGCGUCGACGCCGAGGACCAGACGGCGGCACCCGGAGUUGCACAUAGUGGCGGUUCCCCGCCGACAGUCCGAGGUGGUGUGGGUGGCGGAUGGUCAGCUGUUCGUCGGGUCGGGGACCGGUUGUGGGAGGAUUACGACGCCGAGAGGGGCGUCUUCGCGGGACGUACGGCAGUUCAGACGCAGGCUGCGGAGGGUGGGUCCGGACGUCCGAGCCUGCAGAUGGCAGGCCGCAUGCUCGGUUUGUCACGAGCGGAGAUGAGGAGAUCAUUGGUCCUCGAGGCCGCAGGGACAUCCACGGACAUGCUGCAGGGACAACAGUACACAUCGGGCGGGGAGGGGUUGUUGAUGCGUCCCGGGACGAGACAACAGCGCGGCCUCUCGGAGGUUGAGGCUCCACUCGCGGCAGAGAUCGCCGCUGGCCGACCAGCAUUGGACGCGAUUCAAAGGGAGAGAGGGGGGGAUUGCUGCACGGGCGGCGGAGGACGAGGAUGCAGACACAGAGUCCGAGCCGAUCGAGACUGCGGCCCGCAGACACAGGGCACAGGUGGCCGCGGCAGCCGCUGCAGCACAGGCGGCAUACCUCACCACAUGGCCGCCCGUCCUCCGGGAGAGGCCGCGCGCGCUCUGGAGCGAGAUGACGACGUGCACCGCGGCUUCUCCAACCUUCGGGUCCGCUAUGACGGACUACAACUCCCGGCGGCCACCUCUGCUAUGGCGCAUCAGGCCCUGCACACGACGACGCGCAUGGAAUAGCGGGUACAAGCUCCGAUACCAAUGCAAUCAGACUCGUUCUCAUUCACACUUUUCACGAAGUAAACAGUAGCGAAGCAA